UCAGUGACCAUAUGCUCAGUAAGCUCUGUGUCACUAACUUACCCUGUUUCUGUCUCCUACACAGCAGAGCUAUUAAAGAUAUUUUGAAAGUGACCCUUCAGCUUAAGUACAUUCAGAAAGAGAGGGGAGAGUGAGAGAGGAGGGAGCAGCUGUUUGGAACCAUGACUGAAGAUGACGGAUUCGGUUGUGGUGGAGGGUCAAGUCAGAUUGAGAGAUGGAAAAAAGUGGAAGAAUAGGUGGGUGGUCUUCAGAAAACCUUCUCCUGUAGCAGAUUGUUUGUUAAUGUUGGUGUAUAAGGAAAAAUCAGACAGGAUAAAAGGACAUAAGGAAAAAAGCAGCGUAACAUUAGAAGAUAUUUGCGGAUUGGAUCCCGGCCUUUCCUAUGAGGGUAUGAGCCAGACUCUCGCCGUCGUCUGCUUCUCGCAAGUUGUUAUGCUGGGUUUUGAUAACAAAGACAUUAUGAAUGCUUGGGAUGUACGGCUCCGUUACAGCUUGGGAGAAGUUCACAGAUUUCAUGUGGGAGUAUUGCCUGGUACGAAAUUGGAAUGUGGACCUGCUACCCUACAUUUGUGCAAUGACAUUUUAGUGCUAGCGAGAGACCUUCCACCUGUGGUUAUUGGACAAUGGAAAUUAACUGACCUGCGACGUUACGGAGCUGUAGCCAAUGGGUUUGUCUUUGAAGGCGGAACCCGAUGUGGAUACUGGGCCGGAGUUUUUUUCCUGUCUUGUGCGGAAGGGGAUCAGAUCAGUUUUCUUUUCGACUGCAUUGUUCGUGGUAUUUCUCCCACAAAAGGUCCAUUUGGCCUACGUCCAGUUCUCCCAGACCCGAAUUUGAAUCCAGCUGACUUGGAAGAUAAAGUUGCUCAUGAAACCUUGCAGCUAGAGAAACGUCUCAGUAUUCUUUCUCAUCAAAGUCUAGGAGGGGAUGACAGAAGUAUCUCCAGCUCCUCAUCAGAUACCAGUCACUCAGAUGCCAGUGCAGGAAGUAGGCUAACAAUCUGGCCAGAGGCAUCGUUGGCCAGCACCUCGGCAGAGGGCCAUGGGAUGGCAGCAGCAAAGGGCAUUCAUCUUGGGGAAGACAAGGCUUACGCAGAAGCUCAUCAUGUAGUAAAGCCACCUCCUAAACCUGUGAGGUCUAGACAGUUGCAGGAAAUAGGCCGUCAAAGCUCUUCUGACAGUGGAAUAGCUACGGGUAGCCACUCUUCCUACUCCGGGAGCUUCUCUUCCUAUGCUGAGAGUCUGGACAUUUGCCAUUGUGAGGAGUUUGGAUCAUUGCUUAGCUUACCAUUGAACCUCGCUUCUGAUCAGAAUGUAUGCACUUGCCAACAUUCUAAUCCUCAGAGAGGCUCUGAGUAUCAAAUUCCUGGCUCUGUCAGACAUCUCUAUGACACACCCAGAAGUUUAUUACAGUCAGCUGCUGGAGAUACUCACCCUAAGAGUUCAGAUUCCGCAUUAUCUAAGGACCAGUCACACGCAACUCAAGGCAUUAGCGACACUAAGCUAUUGUUACCCCAUGUGGAGACAAGAGAACCCACUGAGCAAAGCCAACAUAAGAGUAGACAUCCAUCCUUACUCUUAGAAAGCAAAGACUCUGGAGAUGAAACAUACGUGGAUUUUGUUCCAAGGUGGACAGCUACAAAACCGCAAUCACUGGUGACAGAACCAAAAAGUAGUGAUCUAGCAUCAUCUGCUGCAGGGGCCGCUGACACUUGUGACAUAUGCAGUCCCCAUCAUGGAAAUACAAGAGCAUUUUUUUCAGCUUGUCCUGUCUGUGGGGGAUUAAAGGGAGCAUCCGGUCUGCAGUCAGGACUUGCACCUACAACGCCUACACAAGGAGCUGCUAGACCCCCAAAAGGACAUGUCACACUAACUGGUGCAGCAGGGGCAGCAGGUUAUCCAGCCGAGACACUGGUUUCUGACCGACCUCGCAGUGAGACAGCAACAUAUGUAAAUAUUCCUAUCAGCCCAACAUCAAAGAAACCGAUCCAUUACACGGCAUUAGAACUUCAAGAACCUAGUACAGGAAUAAGAGGUAGCGGCUCCACGAGAUAUGCCCAAAUAGACAUUGCUGCGACAGAGACCGCACACAAAGUGGGCUCCCAGCAUGCUCAGUCCAGAGAGGAACGCCUUCAAGAGCUUGAACAGAAGAAAAAGGGCUCACAGCCAUGAUGUGAAUGGAAAGAGGAACUCCAUACAUCCUGGUUUGGGGUGCAGUGAACAGUAAACGUGAUACCAGCAGUGUGCUCCACAAUUACUUGCAUAGUUAUGCAUUGGUGGCCCAUCUGCGGGAUAUGGGCCAAAUAGGUUGCAAUUACUCAGUAUGUGAUCUGAAGUAUGUGUACCUCAUAGGCUGAUGAUUGACGUGACAUCAGGCUGGGAUAACUGCAGCUCCCAGUUGUUGUAGGACUAUAAUUCAUAUCUUCAUCACCCAGUAUAAUAUACUUUGUAGCCGAAAGUUAAGUCAUCAUGAAGGAUGAGCAACAGAGGUUUCCAUAGCUGCGGUUAGACCAGGGCUGCACUUAGCAAUGUGGUCUCAGCAUGUGAACCUAGCCCGGAGGACUGUUUUAUGAGGGGUACUGUGCAAAUUCAUUGGAUGUUGCUAAGUGAUAACUUCAAAGAUCAUCCAAUCAUGAUCUACCUUUUUCCUAAAAAAAAAAUAAAUUUUUUUUUACUCUCCACAAAUGCACCACCCAUAAACUUUUUUUAAAAAAAUUUACUUAAAAUUUUAUGGACAGGGUGUCUAAGGUCAUUCUGCAAAGGGUUGGAUUUAAUGUAAUUAUGGCCCGAUAUUGGAUUACAACCCCCAACAUCCCAAAGGUCACAGGUGCUGGCAUUUAGUGCUCAUUGACUUCAGUUCCAUAACCCUGGUUUUCACUUGAUGGUAGAAAAGGAAUUGCAUGCAAUGUGUCAAUAGAGGGGUCAUUCCAAAACUAAUAUUCCCUACUAGAAAACUGUGGUUUGACGUAAAUGCCCAACGAAGCAAAAUAUUCAUUUAAAUGACCUGCAGAUACUUGCUUUAAAGUAAUCAUACUUCCUUUACUGUUGCUAUAUUGAUUUGUAUACAUAUCUAAGACAGACUAUUUAUUUAUUUUGUCAAGCAUUAUUUAAUUUUAUUUGCGUAUCAUUUUUAUAUCAUAAAUUAUAACAUACCUCUUCAGUUUUACGGUCUUACACACAUAGGACAUUGUUGUUUUCACUUGUAGAAAUGUGUAUAUAUAAAUAUAUGUUUUACUGUGUUUUUUAAUACCUUGGGAGCCAGAGUCAAUGACCUCACUCAUUCACACUUGUUGGCCCUCAACGGGUUAAUACCCUACUCUGGGGCAUUUAUGUAAAGGAUUUAUAAGGAUAUUUGGCACACUUGUUUCUUUAUUUUGACCUCGGCAGUAUUGACAACUUUUUGGUAUUUCUAAGUAUAAAAUAUUUAAACGGAAAUUCAACAUGUAACAA